AUGAGAGGUGAGGAAUUGCGACGGACCGUUGAGCGGUUUUCAAGCUACGAUCUGCACCCGCCCGAGGAACUGGAGCAGCAGAGGGCCGAUAGGAAGAAGCCAUGCCGGCCGAUAGAGGGUCUUGACAUGUACGAAGUCUAUAUCUGUACCUACAUAGAAGCCGGAUGUGACUACUGCACACAGCGAGUUAGGAAGAUGCACGACCACAUGCCGGUUCAUGGGAGGAAGGCCUCGGAGCACACGGGCGCUGUGCCUCUUUGGAGAACGUGUAAACUUCAGACAUACUUCACGGCGAAGGGUCUCAUCGACUGUUUCGUGGUUGAAGACCCGUCUCCGUCAAUGACAGGAGGAGUACCGUCAGGAACGGGCCUAGCCACGGCACCCACGUCGCAGGAGGAGGGAAAGCUGUUUGAAGACCUAAAGGCUGACAUCAUCCAGGCCUCGCGUGACCUGGACGAGGAAGCCGGGAUUGUGCAAGACGUCGAGGAGUCACGGGCAGAAGAUCGUGUGCCCUGGCUAGCUCAUACCGGGUUUCCCACGCACCUUCGAGGGCUUCGUGACGCGGAGAUCAUGUCAUCAUACGCGCUUCCACGAAGCGGAGGCCCAGGUGGGGAUGAUGGAGAAGAGGAAUACGGUGCAGGUGGCGCUGACACGGAUCUCGGGCGCAUUCUAGCCGCAGCUGAGAGCACAUUCCGGGACGCAUACAAGUUAUGCAGCGACAAAUCACCCGAUCGUAAAAUGACGCAGCAGCGUGCGAAGAGGCUAAGCAAUUUCCGCCGUGAUGAUAGUAACAUGAGCAGUGCAAAAGCCAGCAAAUUCCGAAGCUUCAAGAACGAAUCGUCCUUCACCUCAUAUUUCCGGAUCACGAAGCAGCUCUUUGCGUACUAUUACCGGGUAGUAUACCGUGACGAUGGUCAUUUUACAAGAGAGGAUGACCACCAUGUAUUACCGCGGGACAUAAUCGAAACGACCCCUAAUCAAGCAUGUAGACUGCAAACGCGGCGCAUUUCCAGUUUUGCACCAAUCAAAAACUUUCUAGAUCGAUAUUUGGACUGUUAA